AAGGCGGGGUACACCCUGGACAGUUACUGGACGUGUGGACGUAUCCUCUGAAGAUUACAGGAGGACCGAGAAAGGAAUACAUUCAUCACAGCUUUCAGAGGUCUCUGAAUUAAUGGAGGACAAAAACAUAAUGUGUCAUGUGAUGGAGGAGCUCGAUGAUGAUGUUGAUAUGGCAGAAACCAAAGAUCAGCCACGGGCCAACAACAAGAGCCACAGCUGGUUAAAUGGUCAGUGUGUUCUGGCAGUGCCAAGCUGUUCAACGUUAAACCCCAGUUUUGAUCUGUCUCUGUGCCGCGCCAAACUGGAGGAUGAAGGCUUCCAGAUUCCAGACACUGACAUGGAGACUCCACUGAGGACAGCUCUGGACGUCCCCUCAGUCAGAAGAUACAUGGUUUUUAACUCGGCCUUCUUCCAUUUCAUAAUGGCACCGGUGCUGUAUGUGGUGGUGUGGUGUGCCAUGUUCUCCACCUUCCAUCACUACAUAACUGUCAACAACUACUGGGUCCUCUGUCUCUUUGUCAGCCUGGUCUCCAUCGUCUUCACCACAGCCAUCAUCUUUGUCCUGCACCACAGUAACAAGGAGAUCAACAUGAAUUUAGAUGUUCGGUUAAUCCAAGUGAAUGAGAGGAUGGUGAAACACAAGCUGCUGGUGGCUGUGGCCGACUGGGUGCAGAACUGCACAGGAAACAUGCAGUUGUACUUUGUGUAUUGGGACAUUUCCCACUGUCUGAGGGCACUGACUGAAACAUUAGAGGAGCAAAGUUCUCAGAGCAAACUGAAGAAGAAAAUGUCCCAUCUCAUCCUUCUGACCGAGGCUGUUGAUUCCAAGGUUGUUGAUCCCGAGGUCUGUGAAUUAGAUGUGGAGAGGGAUACAGACGAACAAAGGCCACUACUGAGAAGUGAAGACACGAGCUGUAGCACCUCAUCCAGCCAACAAAAAGACCCUAAAGUCACCACCAACUAUAGCCUCAUCCCUGUUGCUUCCUUACCUGCUCAGGCUAAAGCGUACCAGCUUCUGAUGACCUAUAGUGCAGCCUAUGUGAAGCUGCAGGUGUCUCAGAAGUUGUCAGGGCCGUCACAUCACCGCCUGCAACCCCGGAUGAAUCACUGCACCACCGCUCCUCUCUGCUUCUGCCAGUACAUCACAAAAAAGAUCCUCCAAUAACAGGGCUGGUCAAUGGCAAAUUAGGAACCUGGCACCAGGAACCAAUGCUGUAUGUUUCUACAAGACUUUCACUUUGCACACAUUCUCUAGAACAGACAAACUGACAUGUGGGGCCAUUUGCUCCAGAGCAAAUGUGGUUUAACUUUCUUUUCCAAGGACCUUUUGGUACAGUAGAGGUUUACACUCUGUUUUUAUAUCUAUUCUUCCAUCCUGUAGGCUACUGUACCUCUACUACUGCUGUCAGGUCCAUCCAGCUGCUGUAAAACAAUAUUUGCACUCUUGUACAUGAGAUUCAGAGUACUAGUUAUUGUUGUUUAAUAAAUUAUUUGCCCAAAAAAUAUAUAGAUUCUUGUGAGUUGCAAUAGACUCUACAGCACUUAUUUUUGUGAGUGACCUGGAGGCUGUGUUGGGAAGCUUGCUGGUUUACUUACUAGUUGGAUCCUCUUGUCACAGGUUUCAGACAUCCAUGAGUUGUUAGCAGUUACUCAGAUUUGUCUUGUGACCUUUCAGAGGAAUAGUUUCCCAGUUACAUCAUCACAGAGGAACUGUGUGUGUUUGCUUCCACGGCUUUAUGUGUGAAGGUGGAUCUGUGUUUGCAGCAGGCUGGCUUUAUAUUUGUACCAUUCUCUAAUAUUACCAGUGAAUAUCCGAUAGCCCUGAUUCUGCGGCUGAGAUGACAGCCCAGCAUGAGAGCGACAGGAUGACACAAACAUGCACAGCUAGACAGCCAGCGUGGCCCAUCCAGGGGAGGCUGGGAUUGUGUGAUGAAGAACAGAGGCAUGCAGUGUGAGGCCAAGUUAAACGGCCUCAGAGAUGCUGGGUCUCCUCAGGUGGCUAAACUGCCAUCUGUGAUACUGUGUUCGCUGGCUGGCUCAGCUCCCACCUUUUGUUUCUCCCCUCAGCCUUUUUUCUCCCAUUGACCAGUGUGUUUGGGUCCAUACAUCACCUUUUAACUAAUAUUAUUUAGAGCAACUAAUUCAGAUUUUAAAAAUAUUUUUACUGUGUGAAAUUUGGCUUCUAUAUCUGAUACAUCUUCUAUAUCUGAUCACUGGUGAUGAAAAACAAGAGCAAUCAUUGCCAAAUCAGACUUUGUACUUUGAGCAAGUUGAUCACUAUUUGCUAUCGUAUUUUUGUCUGCUGCUGUGUAACUCAAGCUGAGAAAAUACUUGCACAGAGAAUUGUCAGAUAUCUGGAUAAGGUGUUUACAUGCCACAGUAUCCUAGUUUCUACAGAUGUACUCCACCUGGAGGUGGGCAGCGUCUACACAGACCAAACCUGAUCACAACCCGGACUCAUGAACAUAUAAAUGCAUUCAAUGUGAAAGGAGUUUCUUGUAGUGAUAAACCUAUAGAGAAUUAGCUUCUGAGCCUGCAGCUCCCCUGGCUUUAUACAGCUUUGUGGGGAGUUUCAGCUCAUUGUUUAGCUUUCAGACCGGCAAUGUUACUGCUCUCACAAACAGUUUUCAAAAAAACUUAAAUUUGGGUUUAUACAAUAUAAGCAGCAUAUAAAAAAAAUGAGCAGCUGUAAAACACAAACCAACAAGAUCUUGUGUGACUAAACACAAGCUAGUGAGAGAUACCAGAGUUAAUAUUCUGACAGAGAGGGAGAAAACAGGGGCAUCUAUAAAUAGCACUGUAGUGAUGAAGAGAGAGGAGAGGCCACAGACAGAAUGAGAGGUGGAAAACAGACCUGAAAAAUGAGACACUGUCUGCUCCACUGUGUCAUUCACAACCCUGAAUUAAAUUCUUUUAUUCAUUACUCAAACAACUGAAGUCAGAAACAACCAAUGCAUGUGCAAUACAGCUAUGAACAUAGUUAUAAUAGUAAACCCCAAGAGAACCACGUGUACACUGGUAAUUUUUGGCUUUUUGAACAAGCAACUGGUCGUAUUUACUGUACAAGCUCAAAACCAAAA